GAUUUGAGAUUUGGGGAUCUAUUGUUCAAAUCCCUCCCUCUUUUUUUUUUUUUUUUUUGGGAAAGUGGGAGGAGCCGAAGUGGAGCCAAAGGGAGAAUUGUGUGAGAGCUCAGUCAUCCAAAAACGGCCUUUCAAUGGGACAAGUUUGGGGGAGCCGAGGAAAAUGUCGGUCCCACCGCAGUAAAUUACUAAACUAGCUCAGCGCUUUAGAGGGUGGGAAAAAAGGCUAAAGAAACAGUCUUACUUCUUUUUCUUUUUGGUUUGGGAUUAAAUUCUGCACGAAGUUGUUGGGAAAAACCUUCACACUCCAGAGAAAAAACAGCUUCAUCUCCAGCACUCGUUUUUUUGAGGUGGUAUAUGGAAGAUGUCGAGAAUGGCGGACUGGAUAGCAUGGCAUCGGAGGCUUCAGCUGCUUUGUGCUCUGUGCUCAGCUCUUCUGUGCUGUCUGCAGGUUGCUUCUGCUCUCAAUGACGAUGAUGUCCCAGUGUUCAUGGAGGAGCCGCUGUCCGUGGUGCAGAAACUUGGGGGCAGCGUGACCCUGCGGUGCAGUGCCCGACCCGCUCAGGCCCGUAUCAGCUGGCGCCUGAAUGGCCGUGAGCUGUUCGGUAACGGUGAUGAGGCCAAGCUGGGUGUUGUGAUGCAGUCGGACGCACUCUUUAUCCCCUCCCUCUCUAACAGCACGCUGGGACGAUACCAGUGUGUGGCCAGCACCAGUGCCGGAGCACGAGCCAGCAUGCCUGCAAACGUCACUGCAGCCAAGCUGCGAGACUUUGAGCCUGAUGACCAGCAGGAGAUUGAGGUGGAUGAAGGGAACACAGCGGUGAUCGAGUGUCACCUACCUGAGAGCCAGCCCCAGGCGCAGGUCCGCUACAGCGUCAAGCAGGAGUGGCUCGAAACAUCUAAAGGGAAUUACCUCAUCAUGCCAUCGGGGAACCUGCAGAUCGCCAACGCCACCCAGGAGGACGAGGGGCCUUACAAAUGUGCUGCCUACAAUCCAGUCACCCAGGAGAUCAAGACCUCCACCUCUACUGACCGCCUGCGCAUACGCCGUUCGACGUCCGAGGCAGCGAGGAUCAUCUACCCGCCGGCAUCCCGCACCAUGACGGUGCGUAAAGGCCACAGGCUGGUUCUGGAGUGUGUAGCCAGCGGCACCCCGACACCUCAGGUCACCUGGGCGAAAGACGGUCGAGAAUUAAGCCCUCAAAACAACACUCGCUUCCUGCUCAGCAACCUGCUGAUUGACACCGUGAGUGACAGAGACUCGGGCACGUACGCCUGCCACGCCCACAACGGCAUGGGCUCUCCUGGCACAGCAACCAUUCUCUACGAUGUCCAAGUGAUCGAGCCCCCUCAGGUGCGGGUGGAGCUGCUGCAGCAGGAGCCAGCGUGGGGCGACACAGUGAGGUUCAGCUGUCAGGUUCGGGGAAAUCCGGCACCCAGCGUGGUUUGGCUCCAUAACGCUCAACCAAUCACUCCAUCAUCACGUCACCGCCUCUCCUCACACCUGCUGCGUGUCCUCAGCGUGGGCCCGCAGGAUGACGGAGUUUACCAGUGCAUGGCUGAGAACUGGGUGGGCGGAGCCCAGGAUGCCACACGACUCUUCACUGUGCCUGCUGCGCCCUCGCGGCCAGGUCGACUGCCCCUCAUUCGGCCGCUGAGCCCUGACCAAGUUCUGCGAGAGCUGCCUCCUGCUCGGCCAAUGGCUCCCAGCACAGAGCUUUUCAUCGACUGUUCAGAGAUCCCCGGGAACGUGUCGCCAGCCGAGGCGCCGGUCAUCCUCAGCCAGCCCCGCACAGGCACGGCCGACUUCUACGAGCUCAUCUGGGAGCCCCGGCACGAUGGCGGGGCACCAAUACUGGAAUACAUUGUCAAGUACAGAAAGGCUGGCGACUCUCUCAGUGAGUGGACCAUAAAGAACAUAUCUGGUCUGGAGCACAAGCUGAUUCUGGCCAAACUGCAGCCGGCCAGCCUGUAUGAAGUUGAGAUGGCAGCAAGGAACUGUGCUGGACUCGGUCAACCUGCUAUGAUGACCUUCAGAACUGGUAAAGGACGCAAGAGUGUAGGUGGAGCAAUAGAGCGACCCAAAACGCCAGUGUCGCCAUCACGUCUGUCUCCCCCUGAAGCUCCAGACAGACCGACGGUAACCACGGCAUCAGAGACUUCAGCUUACGUGACGUGGAUCCCCCGUGGGAACCGGGGCUUCCCCAUUCAGUGUUUUCGAGUGGAGUUUAAGAAACUGAGGAAAGACGGAGGAGCCGGGGGAGAGUGGGAGGUAGCGGAGGACAACAUCUCUCCAUCACGCCUCUCUGUACAGAUCAAAGGCCUGGAGAAAGGGACUUCAUAUAAGUUCCGGGUUUUGGCUGUGAAUGUUUUGGGAGCGAGUCCUCCAAGUGCACCCUCCAAAGCCUACACAGUGAUGGGCAGCAACCAGACCAACCCCCGGCCUGUCGAUGGCCCCUACAUCACCUACUCUGAAGCCAUCAAUGAGACCACCAUCAUCCUUAAGUGGACUUACACACCAGUGAAUAACACUCCCAUCUAUGGCUUCUACAUCUAUUACCGACCCACUGACAGUGAUAAUGACAGUGACUAUAAGAGAGAUGUCGUGGAGGGAGACCGAUACUGGCACGCCAUUACCAGCCUGCAGCCUGAAACGGCGUACGACAUUAAGAUGCAGUGUUUUAACGAGGGAGGCGUGAGCGAGUUUGGCAAUGUGGUCAUCUUAGAAACGAAAGCCCGACCCAAUCAGAAGCACACGACUCCAGAGACUUCGUCCCACCGGCCGGAUUUGGGAGGCCCUGUGCCACGCCCCAGUGAUUUACCUUACCUCAUAGUGGGAGUGGUGGUGCUGGGAGCCCUCGUUUUCAUCAUCGUAGCCUUCAUUCCAUUCUGUCUAUGGAGAGCCUGGGCCAAGCAGAAGCAAACGACAGAUAUGUGCUUUCCAGCUGUGGCUGCACCCCUGUCAUCCUGCCAGUACACCAUGGUGCCGAUGCAGGGCAUGGCUUUAGUAGGGCACUGCCCUGUAGACUCCCACCUGACCCCUGGCCAUACUGUAUACGCACCCAAAGGAGAGUACACCGCCAACGGGAAACAUCACACACACCGCCUUCCUGGACUACACCAGGAGGAUGCAGAUUGUGAAAUGGAAAAUGGCACAUUUUUGCCUCAGAGACUUUCCAAUGGACAUGCCCAUGCUUAUCACUACUCCUUGGGUGUUCCCGGUCACGUGGAAGAGGACGGCUGCUGUGAGCCAGACGACUCUACCAUGGAGCUCCUGAGCCCCGAUCAUCCUGAACAUGUGCAGGAGAACCACGCUACCCGGUGUUUAGACUUGUCACUGUUACCAGCAUCAGAAGCUGUUGGCAUGACGACGUCAGUUGAAGAUGCAACACAACAGGAAGUUGUCAAGAUCCAGUGUGAAAGCCAGCUAGAGGAGCGAGUACGACAUGAUGGAUGAAAAAAAAUGAGGGUGCGGGGGACAUAAAACAAAACAAAACAAAAAACACAAAAACAGAAGAGAGACAGUAUUUAUUUUUGUAUUAAAGAUACUAUAUUUAUAUAUUUAUGCUCAUGUAAAUAGUUUUUAUAUGUUGUAUAUAUGGAUUGUUUAUAUGAGAGAAAAGUGUAUUACUGUGUUUGCUUUGUCACCACCAGGAUAAAGGAAGUUCCUUGUUCAAGCUGUAUUAGCUGUUUUGCUAUUGGAAAUGUUAACACUAUCAUUCAUACCUUACAGUUAAAAAAAAAAACAUCACUACGCUGUAAAGAAUGCUUUAACGUGAAGAUCUUGAGCAUAAGACUUGUUUAUGAAAGACUGUUUAUAACACAGUAUUUAUCAGCGUAUAUGUUCCUCAUAUAUUAUUCAGAAAAAAAAUCUGUUUCAGCCAAAAAUUCUCCAUACACGGGACUUGAGAAACUCUGUGUUACUGGUGGUGCUCAGCUUCUUCAUCCAGUGUUCAAAUGUUUUGUAGAUAUAUCACUAAAAAAUAUGUACUUCAUAAUUAACAAAGUAUUAACAAAUGUAUGCAAUGUAUAAACACUCUGCCUUCAGUAAUAUUGAAUACAUGUUUUUAAGAAGUGAAUGGGAAACCUGGAAUGAACACAACUACCUUCAAAUACUGAUUUUCAGAUUUUCAGAUUUAUGGAGCUACAUGUAAGCUUUUACUUUCAGUCUCAUUUUGCUGUUUGUUUGUCCAGUUUACGCCAACUGUCUAAUCAGUAGUCACAUUUGACCAUUUUAUAAACAAAAAUAGGCUAAGAGGUUUCUAACAGUCGACUGUAGUAACUGAGGUGUAUAUACAGUACUGUACAAAAGUCAGAGAACACACUUUUUUCUAUUAAAAGGCCAUUCAGUACUUGUUAAUUACUUGAUAUUAGUACAUUAAUUCCAUUUCCAGGCAAAUAUUAUGCAGGUGUAUAUUAAAGUUCAAUAUUGCAAAGGUCUUUGAAAUUUUAUAUAUAUAGCGUCGUCAAAAUCUUAUAUUUAGCUCCUUUAAAUCUCCCUAAAACUCUUCUGAAAACUGAAAAUCAUAUCAUUUACAGUUUCCACUAGACUGUACAAAGAGACAACACUACUGUAUCAGUAUUAACCUUCACACAAAGUGCUGAACCUUGAAAAGAAAUGAAGGAAAACUCAUUUUCGAAGUGUACCUGGCUGUUGUGAUUACAUGACAUACAGCAUUAUUGCAUGUAAAUAAAGCUGAAGAAAUUACA